AUGCAGGCUCGCUACUCCGUGUCCAGUCCCAACUCCCUAGGAGUGGUGCCGUACCUCGGCGGAGAGCAGAGCUACUACCGUGCCGCUGCGGCGGCGGCCGGCGGGGGCUACACGGCCAUGCCGGCCCCGAUGAGCAUGUACUCCCACCCGGCCCACGAGCAGUACCCGGCCGGCAUGGCCCGAGCCUACGGGCCCUACACGCCACCGCCGCAGCCCAAGGAUAUGGUGAAGCCGCCCUACAGCUACAUCGCCCUCAUCACCAUGGCCAUCCAGAACGCUCCCGAUAAGAAGAUCACCUUGAACGGGAUCUACCAGUUCAUCAUGGAGCGGUUCCCUUUCUACCGGGACAACAAGCAGGGCUGGCAGAACAGCAUCCGCCACAACCUCUCCCUCAACGAGUGCUUCGUCAAGGUGCCCCGCGACGACAAGAAGCCCGGCAAGGGCAGCUACUGGACCCUCGACCCCGACUCCUACAACAUGUUCGAGAACGGCAGCUUCCUCCGCCGCCGCCGCCGCUUCAAAAAGAAGGACGCCGUCAAGGACAAGGAGGAGAAGGACCGCCUGCACCUCAAGGACCAUGCCCCGCCGCGCCCGCCGCCGCCCGCCGCCGCCGCCGAGCCCGAGGGCGGCCCCGCCGGGGGCAGCGCCGCGCCGCCGCCGCCGCCCGUCCGCAUCCAGGACAUCAAGACGGAGAACGGCACGGCCUCGCCGCCGCAGGCCGUGUCCCCCCCGGGCGCCGCGCCGCCGCUCGGCGCCGUGCCCAAGAUCGAGAGCCCCGACAGCAGCAGCAGCCUCUCCAGCGGCGGCAGCCCCCGCAGCACCCUCCCCUCCAGCCGCUCCCUCAGCCUGGAGGCCCCCGAGCCCCCGCCGCCCCCGCCGCCGCCCCCGCCGCCGCCCCACCACCACGGCCCGGGCUUCAGCGUGGACAACAUCAUGACCUCGCUGCGGGGCUCGCCGCAGGCCGCCGCCGAGCUGGGCGCCGGCCUCCUGGCCCCCGCCGCCGCCGCCCCGCGCACCGGCAUCCCGCCCGCGCUGUCCCUCGGGGGAUACUCGCCGGGACACAGCUCCGUCUACGGCUCGCCCUGCGGCCAGGCGGCCGCCGGCGCCGCCGCCGGCACCUACCACUGCAACAUGCAGGCCAUGAGCCUGUACGCGGCGGCGGGCGGCGCCGACCGGCCCGGCCACCUGCCCUCCGCGGCCGCCAGCCCCGCCGAGGACCCGCUGCCCGAGUACGCGAUGCCCUCGGGCGGCGGCGGCGGCGGCGGCGGCGGCGGGGCGGGGGGCGGCGGCGGCGGGGCGCUGGGGCACGGCGGGCUGGGCGGCGCGGCGGGCGGCCACCAGGAGGGGCACCACCCGCACCCGCACCAGGGCCGCCUGGCCUCCUGGUACCUCAACCAGGCGGCGGCGGCCGCGGCGGCGGCCGCGGCGGCGGCGGGGGAGCUGGGCCCGCUGGCGGGCGCGGCGGGCUACGCGGGGCCGCAGCAGGGCUUCGCCGCCGCCCCGAGAGAGGUGUUCGAGGCGCCGCGGCUCGGGCUGAGCGCCUCGCCGGGCGGCGGCGGCGGCGGCGGAGGAGGCAGCGGGGCAGGGGGCGGCGGCGGCGGCGGCGGGGCGGGGGGCGGCGGGAGCUGUCAGAUGGCCUUCCCCGGCAGCCAGCCGCUCUACCGCACCUCCGGGGCCUUCGUCUACGACUGCGGCAAGUUCUGAGCGCGCCCCGUCGCGGGGACACCGCGGGAACUCAGCUCCGCUCCGCACCGAGCCGCCGGCCCUCGCAGCGCCCGCGGAGGGAAGCGGGCGCAUCGCGAAAAGCUUUUGUACAGAGACAGCCCCAAAGCAUGUCUUGGUUUGUUAAAGGACAGUGUUACUCCAAUAACACGUAAGUUUUGUUUUUCUAAUUGCUUUGAGAAAUACUUUUUUUUCCCGCCCCCCAUCCCGCGCUCUUCCCCGUCCCUUAAGGUAUUGUCAUGCCCCGUGUUUAAAAGGGAGCGAAAAGUCCAGCGUAGAGUACCAGCUUCUUUCCCCCUCCCCUUCCUCUUCUACAAGGACUUGUUUUAAAAUGUAAAUGGCGACAUAGUAAUUUAUUUUUAAUUUGUAGUUGGAUGUUGCGGACCAAAUGCCAGAAAGUGUUUCCCCCUUUCCUGAAAAGUGACGUUAUAAUUGACUGAAACGCUGAUUUUUUUCACUAUAUAUAAAAAGGGAAACUGUAUUAAUCUUAUUCUAUCAAUAUUUUUCUUUUUUUUUUUGUUGAAAAUAUU